AUUAUUUAGUGCUGCGGAGAAGAAAACGUCCCGAAGUCUGUGAUUUGUAUUCUUUCGCGCCGUUAUUCGUAAAUUAUAAUCAAGAUAAACAAUGAACAACCUUUUCAUGUUUCGUAUUUUGUUUUUGUGAAUGUUUUGAAUGAUGUAUAUGUAUAUUUGUUUACGUGUUUUCAUGAAACACGUGCAUGUGGGUUAAAAUUCAAACAUGACGCCGAAUUUUCCCGAGAAUUUGAUGCCAUGAUGGUUAGGUCACAUGACCUGGGCUUAGCUGACCUAUUGAACUGUAAUUAUUCCCGCGCAUAGGGGUUUGAAUGGAUGUGGUGGAACCGCCAUUGCUGUUUUGGGGAGAAAAAGGAAUGACCAAAGCUUAAAUAGUUAUGGUCUUGACGAUUCUUUGGACGGUGAUGAUGUUUAUAACUCGGACUAUAAACUUACUCCACUUCAGAAGCUUGAAAAAUAUAUGCAGAGUGAAAAUGUUUACACAAGGCAAAUGGUGGCACGUGGACUUCUUGACACACUGCGGGCAGUGGAAGAGAUGGAAGAAGAUGUGUUUCCAGUCUUCAACGCCAUGGUCAAACUUUCACAAGACUCAGACCCCAUUGUUCGCUCUGAGUUGAUGGAACAGGUUCCACAUUUGGCUGUGUAUUGUCAAGACAAUUUAGAUCUCUAUGACAAAGCUAUAUCUUCUUACCUUUUGCCUAUGGUUGUGAGAUACCUAAAUGACCAAAAUAAUCAGGUUCGAAAAACAAGUCAGGCAGCACUGCUAGUUCUGAUGGAACAGGAGCUUAUUUGUAAAGAGGACAUAGAAGAACAAGUUGUUGGAGUAAUUUUAGACCUUGCUAGUCCAGAUAGUUUAGAUGACUACCGAACAGAGGCUGUGGCGCUCAUGAGCAAAAUGGCCCCUCUUCUUGGAAAAGAUAUGACUGAGCGCUUGUUCUUGCUUCGUUUUUGUGAGAUGUGUACAGAUCCUUUGUUUCAUGUGAGAAAGGUGUGUGCUGCAAACUUUGGUGAUAUGUGUAAAGUUGUAGGACAGGACAACACAGAACAGCAUUUGUUGCCUAAAUUCUACUACCUGUGUGAGGAUGGGGUGUGGGGGGUGAGGAAAGCAUGUGCGGAGUGUUUUAUGGUGGUGUCAUGUUCCUGCUCCCAGGAUGUCCGGAAAGGAGAACUUGCCAAUCUCUUUGUUAAUCUGCUUUGUGAUCUUUCUCGAUGGGUUCGUAUGGCAGCUUUUCAACAGUUGGGACCAUUCAUAUCAACUUUUGCAGAUCCAGGGUUAACUGGACUGUAUGUCAAUGAGGAAGGCAUUCUUAGUGUUCAAAUGGAGCAUAUACAAAAUAUUGAAAAGAUUCGAGCUAUUGGAGAAAAGUUGGAGCACGAGAGCAAACAAAUCCAAGAAAGUGGACUAACAGAAGAAACUGAUGAAGAGUCUAAAGAAGAAUAUCCCCCUGGAGGAUCUGUGGAAACAAGUAAUGUCUGUGAUACAAACAUGGACCUUAGUGAGACUGAUAGAAACACUGAAAUCAUUGUUUCAACAUGUGCAACAAACACAAAGUGUACAUCGGAAGAAGAGUUGUCUCCAGAAGAAAUUAGAGCUCAAGAGUAUCUGGCGAAGAAAACGGCUCAGGGUCAAAAGGAUUCCAAGGAGGAGAGUUCAGAAACUACAACUACCAUUUCCUCAGAAGAUAAAGAGACGUCAUCAGGGGAUGGGAGAAAGGAGGAAGGGUCCACUCCCUCACAGUCAGCUGUGGCUGAAGGGGAGGAGGCCGACAGUGGGACAAUGGAGAAAGUGGAGGAUAGCUGUGAUAAAUGUAGUGCUAGUGAGGAGGCUGGCGUUCUCAGACAAGGAGAGGAGAAUGCAGAGAAUAUAUGCACACCUCUCGAGCAAAGUACGGAAGAUACCAAAGCCAUUUGUGAUUCUGUCGACCAGAACAAAUCCAAUAAUCAAGAGGAUAAAGAAGUGCAUAUACAUUCUGAUUUACCUAUAGAUGAUUUCAAUUCCUUUACCUUCUGGCGUGAUCCUUUACCAGAAGUCAGUUUAGAUUUAGAAGUUAUGAGUGACAAUCAAGAUGUGGAACAGGGAGGAAGAGGCAUGCGAAAGCCUACAGAAAAUGAAUGUGAAACAAUCAACAGUAGCCUGUCAUUGACCAAUUCUAUGAACACUCCAGUCAGUGCUACAAAUCAGCUUUAUGGAGAGUCAGGGGUUAGGAUUCAUACUGCAAGCAUCAGCACUGUGUCCGAGGAAUCGGUCAGCAAUAUUGGCAGUACUCAUGUACUUGGUCAGAACCUGAAUGAAGUCAUGGAUGGUGUGGUACAUGAUUAUGGCUUUAUUGACAGUUUUUCUGAGCUGUCUGUAUUGCCUCUUGCAGAUAUGAGUGGAUCAAGUUUGGGCUACAUUGACAGCGAUAGCUCCCCUGAUAUUGCAGAAACACUGGAUGAAGCCACCCUUGCCCAGAUGCAGGACAUUGUUCCACAGAGUCUGUUGGAGAGUUACCUUGGUAUGGUGGACCCUUCCCGGGCCCAGACUGUAGACACAGAGAUCACAAAACACUGUGCCUACAAUCUGCCGGCCGUAGCCUACACAUUGGGCAGGAGCAACUGGAACUGCAUUAAAGUUUUGUAUGAAAAACUAGCCUCUGAUAUGCAGUGGAAAGUUCGAAGAACUCUUGCCUUUUCUAUACACGAGAUGGCCCUGAUUCUAGGAGAUGAGAUAACACACAGAGAUCUAGUUCCUGUUUUUGAUGGAUUUUUGAAGGAUUUAGAUGAAGUAAAAAUAGGUGUUUUGAAACAUUUGGCAGAUUUCUUGAGGCUCUUAAAACCAGAUGUCAGAAGGCAGUACUUGACCAAACUUUCAGGCUUUCUGAACACUGACAACACUAGAAACUGGAGAUUUAGACUAGAACUUGCAGAGCAGCUGAUUAUGACUUCGGAGUUGUUUUCCUCAGUGGAGAUCAGCCAGCACUUGCUACCUAUCUGUCUGUCUCUGAUGGAGGACAAAGUGGCUGAAGUCCGACUUAUUGCUUACAAGCUGAUAAGUGCUAUGAUCAAGAGGCUAGCAGAAGAAGAUGAAAAAUUAACAGAAAAUCUUUUGAAUGAACUGGUGUCAAAGUUUGCCAAAAGCAACAAAUGGGUGGGACGACAAAUCUUCGUUCAAAUGUGUCUUGCGGUGCUGGAAGAGCAGUCACUUCCCUUAGAUAUGUUCUCCAAGCACCUGCUUCCCUGUAUGCUCAACAUUAGCCAUGACCCUGUUCCCAAUGUUAGGCUAACCUUGUCCAGAGUAAUGUCUGGACAAAUUAUUCCUAGAGAUGUUUUUACCUCAGAAAGCCAUCCACAACAGAGAGAAAUUUUGAGCACCUUGGAACGACUGAAGGCAGAUGGUGACAGAGAUGUCCGAUAUUUUGCCAAUCCUGUGCCAGAGCAUACCAUGCUUGUUGAUUAUGAAGACGAUGCCAUUGAAGAUAUAGAUAUAGAAACACUGCCCGUGUAAGAUGGGCCGGCCUGGUUGUUAAGUGUGCGACUCAGGGACCAACAGGUGAUAUGCAAUGUCUUCUUGUAUCCUCGAUAUUAUGGAACCUGGUUCAGCUCUCUGUGUCUGUGUGUGUGAGUGAGGACGGAAAGCGAGUAUUGGAUACAGACCCCAACACCAGCUACAACUUGUGAUAUCUAUGAUUAUAAUAACUGUCAUCUUUUAUGUACUCAAGUCAAUAAUUGUUAUUUUAUGAACCUUUUUAAAUUUUAUGUUGCCCUUAUUUUAUUCUAGAAUGGCAAUAUGUUGUGCUAAAAUGUUUAGUACCCCUGUUUUAAGCGAGAAUGUUCCCUGUAUGAAAUUGGUCAAGUUAUAUGUAUUGGGUGAAAAAUUGAAUGACUUAUGUAUAUCUUUAUUUAUUUCUCUAUUGUUAUAAAUUCAAAGUAUUUUAAUUCCCAGAUUGAAGUAAAAAGCAGUUAAUUAGGAUCAAUGGUAAUACAAAUGUUAUUUUUUGUGCCAAAUGCUGCAAUAAUUGGAAGCAAAUCCAUAGGAUGGUUUCAUUUCAAAGGAAGUAGUUUUGAGUGUGUGUAAUUAUUAUUUAUUUGCUGCUGAAUUAUUCAAAAUUGAUCUAAAAUUCCUCACUUGAAAACUGGAAUAUCUUCUGAAUUUUUGUUUAAACAGAUUCAUGGUUUACGAUUGAACUGAGUUUCAAUAGCUUUAUUGUCUACCAAACAAUAAUUUAGUGCCAUAGCAUUAAAAUGCUGGAUAAACACGUUAUUUAAAUACCAUGCUAAAUGAAAUCAGACCAGAAUUUUCAAGACAUGAAUAAAGUGUGCCCCGUGUUGUACGUGGGGUGAAAUGAAGAAAUAUCAGGCUGAUAUUUUUAAGAAGUUUUAUAUUGAUGUCUAUGAUCUGUGAUUUUGUUUAUGAGAUUAUGCCAUUAAAAUUGUAAUGUAUGAUAA